CAGUUCAAUUAAUCAUCGGUCACAGCUCAAACACAAACGCGUUACCGGUCAUUACCAAAAUAUUGUAUUGGAUUAUCUUUUGCAGAUCUUUGCUACAGUUGUCAAUCUGUUCCGGUUGCAGAAGUUUUCCGGCGAAAUGGAGCUCCAUUCAACUCCUCCAGCUGACGGAGUUAUUGCCGCUGCCGUCGAAAUGCCUGAACCUGACGUUCAUGUUGUUACUUCCAGUGGGAUGCUCAUUCCGGCACACUCCAAAAUCCUGGCUUCUGCAUCGCCGGUGCUGGAGAGCAUAAUCGAGAGGCCGCAGAAGCGCCGAAGCUCCGACCGGAAUAUUCCCAUACUCGGCGUCCCGUACGACGCCGUCCCCGUGUUCAUCCAAUUUCUUUAUUCCCGCAAAUGCACCGAGGAGCAAAUGGAGAAGUUUGGAAUCCAUUUGCUAGCAUUGGCGCAUGUAUACUCAGUACCACAGCUAAAGCAGAGAUGUACAAGAGGAUUAGCUCAAAGAUUGACAGUUGACAAUGUGGUGGAUGUGUUUCAGCUUGCAAGAUUGUGCAACGCACCUGAUCUUAGGCUCAAGUGCAUGAAAUUGUUGUCCAACAAUUUCAAGGCUGUGGCGGAGACUGAGGGAUGGAAGUUCUUGCAAAACCAUGAUCCCUAUCUUGAGCUCGAGAUCUUACAAUUCAUCGACGAAGCUGAAUCGAGGAGAAAGAUGAGGAGGAGGCGUAGAGAGCAGCAGAGUUUGUAUAUACAACUGAGUGAAGCAAUGGAUUGUCUUGAGCAUAUAUGCUCUGAAGGGUGCACUAGUGUCGGGCCGUCUGAUAUGGAUCUUAGCAAGCACAAAGGCCCGUGUAGCAAGUUUUCGACCUGCCAUGGCCUUCAGCUUCUGAUCAAGCAUUUCGGCACUUGCAUGAAGCGUGUGAACGGAGGAUGUCUGCGCUGUAAGAGAAUGUGGCAGCUUUUUAGAUUGCACUCUUCGAUUUGUGGACAACCUGAUGAAUGCAGAGUUCCUCUGUGCAGACAAUUCAAAUUGAAGGCACAACAGGAUCCAAGAGGAGGAAGUGAUGAGCGGUGGAGAUUGCUGGUGAGGAAGGUGGCGUCGGCCAAAGCCAUGUCUUCAUUGUCUCUCCCCAAGAGGAAAAGAGAAGAGGAACCAAGAAUGGGCAUGGACAAUCGAGAAAUGAGAAGCAUCAAAUUAUAUUAGUUAGCUCCAAGAAUACAAUGUUAGGAAUAGGAUUCAUUAUCAUUCUUCUUCCCUUUUGGCCUCAUAAGGAGAAGUGGAAUUUGUAAAUCUAGUCAUUGGUGUGUUCAUUAAUAGCUCGUCUCUUGGUAUGGUCCCUCUUUUUAUUUGUGAGAGGGUAGCAAUGAGAGACAGCCAAACUCAUUAUAAGAGCUAAAACAUCUUAGAGGAGUUGCUAUAGGUGAUUGCUUGUGAAGCUAUUGUAAAUUUAAUUAUUAAAAAUACAAGAAGUAAUAGUGUUAUACUACCAAAAAUCCUCUUAACUACAAUAAGAUUUUAGGGUUUCUUUUUUACGACA